AUGUACGAGCUGUGGGGAGCUCCGUUCAAGAAGAACCCCAAAACGGGGGUCGUUACGGACUGCAAGGGGGAACAAGUGCACUUCUUUGGAGCUGUACACACGGUAUUAAGUAUCUUGGAGACAGACCCGCAGUUCCGAGACACGACCGAGGUGGCGGUGGCCUCGCGGACGACGGAGCCCAAAUGGGCCAAGACCUGCAUGCGACUCAUGGACGUGGAUAUCGGCGGUGUGUCCUCGAAGGGCGAUAAAGAAGAAGAGGACGAAGAGACGGAAGAGAACGACAAAGAAGAAGGUGAGGGGGUGGAGAAGACAUCACUGCAGAGCAUCGUGGACUAUGAAGCCAUCUACCCGCGCAACAAGCGCGUGCAUUUCGAGCAACUCAAGAAAGACAGCGGCAUUCCAUAUGAAGAAAUGCUCUUUUUUGACAAUGAAUACGGCAACGUGCAUGACAUUCAGAAAAUCGGUGUAACGUGCGCGUAUUGCCCUCAAGGGCUCACAGAAGGGUCGUGGAUCCAGGGCAUGGAGGCGUUCCAAGCCGCGAAGACGAAAGAAACUAACUAG